CCGCCUUCAUCCCAGCCUACCUCUUCAAAGAACAACAUGGAGCGCGAUGAGAACAACGAAGACGCCAGCCCUAAAUCGAACAUAAACAAUUCCACCGACGCGUUCGCUCUCGUAAGCACGUUUGCUGCUGAAUUUGUGGAUGGCCCAGAGUACGAAAACCACGUCGGCGACAUCGCCACGUUCACAUUCGUUCCUUUCAUGCCUCCCUGCAUCCCAAAUCCAGACAUGAUCAGCCCCAUCCGCAGCUUCGCUAGAAGCAGCAGAGGUGACUGUGGAUCGCCCAGGCACGAAUUCGCUAUGGCUGACGGCGACAGUGAGAAGGCCAUGAGCCAGUUUUUCGAUUUCACAUCUGGGAGUGAAGCUAGCCCAAGACACCUCCAUUCCCAAGUUGUGUCGCCGGUUGCAUCGGAAGCUUAGGCCGACACGUCGAGUCCAACAGCCUAGGCCAACAACAUCAGCAUUAUUUCGCCUCCUCUCUGCAUCUUUACGCACUGGUUGCAUAUUGACGACUCUUUACGAUC